UACUGCAGGUACUAAAUAAGUAAUCUCAAAAAUUAAUUGAAAUCAGAUGCAUAAAAUUGGAUGUACAAUGUCUUUGAACACAGUUCACUUUCAGUGGCGAGGAGAAUGGAUUAAAAUCUUAAGAAAUGAUUGGAAAUCUAAUUGGUAUUAUUCUGCUGAGCCCCGCCGUGCUCGCGCAGUUCGAUCUCAAGCCAGAUGUAAGCUUCACCGAUAUCAACGAUAGGUUCGACUUGACAGGCAUGAUGAAAGCUCACCCAGCCUCCCGAGACGCUCCUCUAGUAGAUGAUGAAGAGGAGAUAGACUCAGAAGAAGACUUCAGAAGAAGUCUCAACGUCGAUCUAACUGAUGAUACUGAUGUACUCAAGCAGAAGAAUCCAGAAGCUAAUAUAGAAGAGAGUUUCUUGACGCGAAAAUCUGGUGGAGGCUUUGCAUACGAUGAUAGAAUGGACAGCAAUGAAGGUGGAACGUUGUCGGACUUUGUUGAAAAUUUGAAAGCUUUUGAGAAUAAUAUAGAGCCGCCUAACCGAAGGCGGCGCCGUGACGUUGCUCCCGCGGCUCGCAAACGGUUCAGGAGGAAUGCUGACCAAAACGUGUUAUCACAAUACGGUUUCCCAAUAAUGCUGAAAGUCGACGGAUAUCUAAAACCUCCUUUGGAAUAAGUCAAUUAAUUUGUAUUUCUUAUUGUAAAUAAACAAUUGAAUUGUAAUUAA